GAGAUUUCUCCGCUCUCACAUUUUUUUUCAAAUUGAGAUCUUCAGUUUCCUUUUUUUUUUUUUUCCCUUCACCCACUCCAAAACGUAAAAGAGGUUUCUAAGUUAAUCGAUGGAGAAAUCAAUGGAGAAAAGCAUGAGCUCUGCUGCUUCUGGUAACUCAAUCAACUCGAAGCUAAGGUAUCCUCUUAGAUCGGCUCUUAGAUCCAAGGAAGGGGGGAAGCCUCCUGUUCCUGAUUUCUCUGCUUCUUCAGUACCCAGAAGGGGAAGGGUUGCUUCUGCUGUUAGUCAGAGUACUACAGUUCUUGAUUUGUCUGGGAAGAAGAGUGUUGUUGAUCGAACCAAGCUACCACCAAGAAGACUUUCGAUUCCUAACAAGUCCACAAGCAAUUCUUCUGUUAGAUCAGUGAGCAGCAGCGUCACUUCUCUUUCGGAAACCAAGCCAAAAAGAUCAGGCAUUGUUUCCAGGAUCUUCAAUGAGACAACACCUGUCUCUAGUAAUCUGAGAUCGUCAGUGACUCGGAGGAAGCCUGAAGAUUUGUCUUCCUCUACUUAUUGGCUGACUCAUAUCAAGCUUGCUGAAUCAGUGGCUAAACACUCAAUCUCUCUUGGUUUCUUUAAACUUGCUCUUCAUGCUGGGUGUGAGCCACUUGACAAGAUGAGAGAAGAGCUGAAAUCGUACGCUCGUCGCAAUAACAUGGAUGGGCUUGCUGAUGGUAUGAAGGAACUAUCUGAACUGUAUAAUAUCUCAGAAGAAUCCAAGCAGAUUCAGGUCUCUGAGACCAGUUCUGUUGUAGCUGAGGAAACAGCUGCGUCUCUGAACAAUGAUAAUGAUGUCCAGAGUUCACUCUCCACUCCUGGUAAUUCAAACAUCACAUCAGAGGUCACGAAGGAUGAUGCUUUGAAGGAUUCAGCUGUUACAGAAACAUCCAAGGAUGAAGAGGCCUCGGAAACUAUCCCACAAGAGAGCAUUAGAAGUUCUUUGGACGAAAUCAAUGUGAAUCAAGAGGUUGUUCAGGAAUUGGAAGAAGGGUCUCGUUCAUCACAAGAUGGUGUUCCAGUCGUGACUGUUGUUCAACCUGUAGACAAGAAACGUGCAAGAAAGGAGACUGUUCCUAAGAUCAACGAGCCAGCGAGGACAAAGAAAUCAUUAGCAACCAACUCUGCUAAUUCAAGAACAGUUCCAAUAAGCAAGGAUGAUAAAUCUCAGAAGAAGUCUGAAAAGGUCACUAAACCCAGGACUAAGAAAGUUCGAGAAGAGAUAAAGAAGUCAACUAAGAAAUCUACAGCUAAAGAAGGUGGUGAAGUUACAUCUCUGAAGCAAAAGAAGAAAAUGGAGAACAAGGAAAACACUGUUAAUGUUGGUGCAGGAGAAGAAAUCCAGGUUUAAAUGAAGAACAUAGAGGCAUUUCUAUUUCUUCAACAUAUCUCAAUCACUCUUUUUUUCUUUUGGUUUGAAUGAUUUGUUCAAAGUACAUAGUUAAAUUAAACAGCUUUUUCAAGUUUGUUUUUUAAAGUUUGGUUUGAAAGACAAAACAAAUAGUAUAUUUUAUUUGCUUGCUUUGUAAGUGUGUUAAGUUUUAUUUCAAUGUUUCUUCAGUUGA